CCUUGUAAUAAAGAGUGGGCCUGCCUCUUUAACCGCCUUGCUAUAUCAGAAACUGUCCUUUUAAUUGACAAAAUCCUCUCGUCUCGCUCCAUGCUCUCUCCCCGCGGAAUUCCCUCUCCGUUUCUUUGUCAAACCGUCCCUAAAUGAUGCUUGCCAACGUUGUGAGAUGUGAGUCGUCGGACGACGACCAGCAACUCUACAACGUCUUCGUCGAUGACGACCGGAUCAUCACGACAGUCACCCAUUCGCCGGGUUCCGUCAACUCUUGGAUAUCCGAAAUCGAGCGCAUCCACCGCCGCCGCCUCCACAAGCUCAUUGUUGGACUCGACAUCGAGUGGCGGCCACACAGCCGCUACCACCAGAACCCAGCCGCCACGCUCCAAUUGUGCGUCGGCCGCCGCUGCCUCAUCUUCCAACUCAUCCACGCCCCGUACAUCCCCCAGUCCCUCGUGGACUUCCUCGGCAACUCUAGUUACACCUUCGUCGGUGUCGGAAUCGACGGAGACGUCGGUAAGUUGAGCAGGGAUUACGGUUUGGAGGUGGAGAGAACCUUUGAACUCCGCGACUUGGCGGCGGAUGAGUACGAUAUGCCGGGGCUUCAAAACGCGGGGUUGAAGACUUUGUCCUCGGUGGUGCUCGGAAUAUCGGUUGAAAAGCCAAGGGAGAUUACGAUGAGUCGGUGGGACUAUCGGCAGCUUUCCCUUGAACAGGUACGGUAUGCAAGCUCCGAUGCCUUCCUUUCCUUUGAGAUUGGAAGGGUCUUGAGUGAUUAAUUAGGGUUUUUGAGUCUAGCAAAAUGAAGAAAUAAAAAAGAAUUAGGGUUUUGGAGAAGUACAUCAAUAGUUGAACGAAAUGGUUCUUGUGGGGAUUUUGAUCGAUCUAUCGAUCGGUUGGUGGGUUUUUUCUGUUUUCUUUUUUCAUGUUUCUCGCUGCAGGUUCAGUGACUGGAUAGUGUCUCUGUUUUUGGAGUGGCGAUUCGUCUACUCGUCAAUCUUUGCGACGUUAUGACGACACCGUUUAUUGUCUCCCCAUCGUAUCGUAUCGUAUCAAGAACAAAUGUUUGUUGGAA